AGCGACCGGGACAUCCCACGCGUAUUCCUGUCCCUUCCUCGUUCCCGUCUCCUCUCCUCUCACUAACCAGACUAAUCGUCCAUGGCCCGUACCAAGCAGACAGCCCGCAAGUCCACAGGUGGCAAGGCCCCCCGCAAGCAGCUUGCUUCCAAGGCUGCGCGCAAGUCUGCACCAUCCACCGGUGGUGUCAAGAAGCCCCAUCGCUUCAGGCCAGGAACUGUUGCCCUCCGUGAGAUUCGUAGAUACCAGAAGUCUACCGAAUUGCUCAUCAGGAAGUUGCCUUUCCAGCGUCUUGUCCGCGAGGUCGCCCAAGAUUUCAAAACAGAUCUUCGCUUCCAGUCGCAUGCCAUCAUGGCGCUCCAGGAGGCAUCUGAGGCCUACCUCACUUCGCUCUUCGAGGACACCAACCUCUGCGCUAUCCACGCCAAGCGUGUCACUAUCAUGCCCAAGGACAUUCAGCUUGCACGCCGCAUCCGUGGCGAGCGUGCUUAAGCCUACCUUAGGCAGUUUGUGUGAUCACUUGCGCUCGUGUAUAAUAGUUAGAGUGGCCUUGAUAGAUAGAUUCACAGAAUUGGUGCGCUUCUGAAGCUGAGCAGAUCCGAAAGUGUAAUAAAUCAUAUGAAAUACCAA